CGGAGCAGAAGGGAAAGAAAGCUUAUAUUCUACCUGAAGGUUUUCCGCUUACAAAUUUAUUAUAGCGUAUUUAGGACCUCAUAUUUUACACACUGUAUGUGUAUAAGAAGGACUCGACUUUUAGUUAAUUAUUCUGAAUUCUAAUUUUGACUUUCCUGUGCUGCAUACUUGUGCUACCAGGAAGCUGUAAUUAUACAAACUGGUAAUCAAUUAACCAUGCCAUUCCAACUUGAGGCAAUGUCCAGCAGGAAGCGGAGACCCAACUGGACAGACCAGGAGUGUUAUCUGCUUUCUCAGCUAGUCCACGAAAGGAAAGAAAUAAUUAGAGGGAAGUGCAUCACUGGUUUAUAUGAUAAACGACAGGCUUGGGAAGAGAUAACCCAUACCAUCAACACAGCUUUUCCACACAUGCAGAGAACCGUUUCUGACUGCAGCAAAAAGUGGGAAAAUCUGCUGGCGAAAUCAAGGGAGGAGAUUAAAAGACAGAAGAUGCAAGCAGGUGCAGAUGAUGACCUGUCCCUGGAUCAGUUCAGUCCUCUGACACAAAUAGCAAUUUCUGUGAUGAACCCUUCAGUACUACAACACGAUGAAGACGAUUCCCCACCAUUUGAUUUGAUUGAAAGUCAACAAAACAGUGGUGCUAAAGAUGGAAGCACGUUCACAACAGAAGAACAACUUAAAAGUAAACAUGAGCUGGCAGAUCCUGUGCUCCCCACCUAUGCUUCAGAUCCAUCCAUGAUUCCAUCAGAGCAAAAGAUGGUGCCUUAUUCUAACAUCCCUAAGUCACUCGCAGUACAGUUCAGCACUCAUUAUCCUGCUGCGUCUGGAGAACAGUCAAACUCCCCCUGUUCUCCUUGCGCACAUGCAGCGCACUGUACGACUUUACAAGAAAGGAUGGAUUUGGAAAUGUCUGUGUUGAGAAGACAGGAGGCAGUCCUCAAGCUGCAAGAGGAAUAUUAUACAUUAAAAAUUAAGCGGAUGAAGACACAAAUGGAGGACACUCCUCUACAGAACUGAAGUGUUUUUGGCUUGACCUAUCUAAUUCAUUUGUAUUAAGUUAAUCAUUUUUAAUUCACAUUUUGCAUCUGAGGAUAAUGUGGUGACUAGUGUUCGCAGCGUGAAUGGAAGUUUAAUAACAUUAAGGUGACCUUAUGUGGAGGGGUAACGUAGACCUUUAACACUCAACUUUACUCCUCAGUUAUAUGUGCUAAAAAAAAAAAAAAAAAAGUCCAUAGACAUUCGUCAGGUUAAACAAAGUAAAUUUUUUUGAAAUACUAAAUUAUUUUGUACACUUAAAUUCUAUUUUAUUAGGCACACCUGUGCAGUUUGAUAUAAUAAAUUGUGGAUGUGUACUAAGAGCAUAUAUGUAGCUGUAAUCAUUAUAGUUUAUAGAUGGUUUUAAUGGUGCAGGUGAGCACUUCAUACAUAUUGUAGACUGUGGAUGUAUUAGGAGGCUAAUGUCACAUAUUGAGUGUGGUUCACUACCUUAUUUGUACCAGUAGCAUAUUUCCAUACUUCCAAAAUUGCACUUAUGUAUGUUUGCAGGACAUUUACAUUGUAUGAACAGAGAAACUGAAAUUGCCUUUAUUAGAAUGUAAGAUUUGGGUCAAAAAUAUUUCUAAUAAUAAAGUAACUGUGGCUAAACUUCACCAAUGAUCUCGCAUAAAAAAACAGCACUUGUAAUAUGAUUUGUCGAGCUGUUGUAUGUAAGUUUCAUUGAAAUCCAAAAUAGUAUUAGAAGUAAUAUUGAGAUUGAAGUACUCCUAACAUGCGCUUUUGUUGCAUAACAGACUGUAGUUCCAGGUCUGUAGACCAUGUUAUUGCAUAAUUGGUGCCAUGUGAUUUGUUACCCAUUAACACUGGCUGUCAUAUGCCAACAGCUUUUAAAAUUAUGAAUAUAUCAGAAAAUUAAGCUGAUUUUUUUUUUUUUUAAUGUGUGAUUUCUGAACCUGUGGCACUUAUGGCCUGUAAAAUAUUGAAUAACUCAUAUUUAUAACUCUUAAAUCGGAUCAAUUGUACUUACUAUGUAAUGAUGACUAAUACAGUAUGUGUCUAUUUUGAAAAGGAAAGGCAAGCCGUAUGUUUUGCUGUGUGGUUUCGUGCCUGCUUCAAAGUAUCCACUUUAAUGUGCAAAUUUGGAAGCUCCAAAUGUUUGACUUACACAACCUCAAUAUGAAAACUGUUCUCGCCACUGGAAGUGCAGUCAAAAUAAUGUCCAGUCUAGACAAGAAUGUAAUAAUUUGUGUGAAAUAUUUCUCAUAAAUCAGUGUAUUUGUAAGUGACUGAAACUGGCACUCGAAUGUAAGCACU